GAAAGACAACAGGGAGAGGACAUACUGGCAACUGUGUUCUUUAUCUAACUGACGCAGCGAGCUCUCCGAUGCCCCACGGACCCCCAUAAAACCCAACAGGGAAUGCCUGUCAAUGCCUCUGUGCUGGAGUCACACCUAUUCCCAGAAGCCGGUCGCGCCUAAUGACUUCCCAGGCCCUCUAUGAGCAGGCUGCCGCCAGAACACGCACUCCAAUUGACAUUACCUCACCCAAUUUUGCCGAUCCAUCCUUUGAUCCAGCCGAGUUCCUCAACAAUGCCCUUCCUCCGUUGACCCUGGCUUCGUCGCAACCGCAUGCGUCGCGAGCACCAGGGUCUGUCCCCAUUGCGGAACUAUCCUCGCAGGUCCAGUCGUUACUCUCGCAGAUUAACGCCUCGAACGUGCGACACUCUGGUACAUUGAACAGUCUUACAGAUGAAAUUCUAAGAAGUGGUAGCCGCCUGGCUUAUGAAGUUGAGGUGCUGCGAGGAGAAGCAAUCGGGUUAUCGGAUACCCUGACUGACGCUCUACACGAUGAUAUUGUGAAAUUUGUCCCCGAGGGUCUGGAGACCGGCGAUAGCAGUGCAGAACCCCCACGAGUCUUGUCAGAUAUAUCCUCCACGUCCCCGGCAGCCGAGAACCAGAAUUAUCAUCUGAAUAAUGGGAAGCCAGGUCCGCAGGAUCCAGAAUAUAUCAUCAAACUACGCACAUUGAACCAGGUACGAGCACAUUUGGAGGACGUCGUUCGUACAUUUGGAGAAGCUAUGGAAUGGCCCCUCCCGCCCUCUGAGACGUCCAUAGCCUCCUCGUUUAUCUCAGUCUCGGCCCCGGAUACGUCACCAGAGGCGCAGAGUCGGGAGGAGAAAGGCCAGGAAGCUGCCAAGAAAAUUCUGGAUGAGAUCUUGGAAUUACUGGACAGCGACGGCGGGAAGAUGGCUGGGAUCGAGGCAGCUGCCCGUCGCGUGGAGAGCCUACGAGCGUUGGCGACCGUUUGGAAGGGAACGGCGGAAGAGAAGGCGAGGGAUAGAUUCGUUAACGGCCUCGCGAAGAUGGUGGAUGAUCGACGCAGGGCGCUUGAUAGUCAGUCUAGAGAUCUAUCUGACAGGAGCAACCAACAGCCUUCAACGACGGAGCAGAGCCGGGACAAUGAGAGUGGCGGUGGUUUUCUAUGGAACCUGCAGCGCUUGCGCGAUGAGAUAUACUUGGAAUAGAUUUUGAGAGCAGCAGCAGAAUGUUUGCUCUUAGCUGUGAUGAACCUGAAAAUUGCCAAAUUUCUCCAUGAAUGUAACAAUAUAGUAACC